AUGGCUAAUCCUGUGCAGUCUCGUCAAAUGCAGAUGGCCAACACUUCAAUGAUGAUGACCAAUCAGGCGACCAUCAUUAGAAAACGUACCAAUCCUGAUGCCGCCGCGAUCAACGCUCAACAAGUCAAAAAAAAGCGAGCACUCGAUAGAAGCAUACCAGAAAAGCUCGACACGCUUGUACAUGAAUCACGGUUGUACACCGAACUUCAGGAAUUCGAGAGAAGAUUGGAUGCCACAAUCAUAAGGAAAAAAAUGGAAAUUACCGAGUCUCACUCGAAACCUAUGAAGGUCAAGCGCACACUUCGUGUGUUCGUGUCAAAUACUUCAUCAAACCAGCAACCGGUUCAGGGGGAAGGGGAGAAUGAACUUGAAUACGGUGAUGGGAGCAAUAUCCCGGCAUGGACACUCAAAAUCGAGGGAAGAUUGCUCGACGCACCGAAUGCUCCAAAGACCACCAGACCUUAUAACCAUAAAUUCUCUCAUUUUUUCAAAUCCGUUAUUGUUGAGUUAGACAGAGAUCCAGAGUUAUAUCCCGAAGGAAGUCUGAUAGAAUGGAACAAAACUCCUGAUGCCGAAGAAGUUGAUGGGUUCGAAAUUAAGCGUAAAGGAGACGUCAACCUCAAGGCAAAGAUCUAUCUGAAUAUUGAUCAGCAACCGCCGAGGUACAAAUUAUCCCCCGAACUGUCGGAAAUUUUGGAUAUAAAAGAGGACACGAAAUCCGGAAUCAUAAUGACCUUGUGGCAAUAUAUGAAGCAUAAUAAUCUUCAAGACAGUGAGGACAAAAGGAUUAUUAACAACGAUGCUCGUUUAUUUGAAGUUUUUAAGGUUCCGCGGAUCGCUUUCCCGCAGAUUCCCGAGCUUAUCAACAAACAUCUGCUUCCCGUCGAUCCUAUAUCUAUAGAUUAUACCAUUCGAGUCGACAAAGAAUUCCACCAGUCUCGAUACGCUUACGACAUCGAGGUUGAAGUCGAUGAUCCAAAUAAAGCAAAACUUUCCAUUCCAACAAGCAUGGCCAACCAAAAAGAGAUACAAAGUCUAGAUGAUAAGAUUGCACAGUGCGUUCAAAGCAUUAACAAUUCCAAGACGAAACGUGACUUUUUGUUAAAUUUUGCCACCUCACCUGUGGAAUUUAUCAACAAGUGGAUCGCCAGUCAGAGUCGUGAUUUGGAGGUCAUUUUGGGAGAGAGCAAAGUUAACCUCGAGGAACAACGACGAUCAGAGUUUUACAAACAAGGAUGGGUUAACGAGGCCAUCUUUCAUUAUACCACGGCACAGAUGCCUUUACUAGGAAAGAUUAAGUCUCAGUACGAAAUGUGGAAAAUUAACAAAUACACUAGACGCCGAUCCACGUUGACGCAAGACUUCGAGCAAAAAGACUUGGACUUUUACAAACAGAACUACGUGAACGGCGUGUAUUUAAACACGGCACCUGAUUCCGAGGAUUUCAAGAGAAGCUCCAUGAGCUUUGGAAAGAAACCCGGAAAAAAUCGAAAGGCCGCGAAAUGUAGUGAGUCGUAUAACUCCUAUUGA